GUACGUCAGAUCCUGUCACAAGGUGAACAUAGACGCUUCCAAGACAGCUUUCUCUGCCGGUUGUAUUUAUUUCUAGAUUUGUAAAAUUAGCUAAACUCUCAUCGUUAUCGGAACAAUUUAAAAUGGGUACUUGAUACGAUGAUUAGAUUAAUACUAAAUGUAUCCAUUUGGGAAGAAUUGGGAAUGGAUCAUCUUUAUAAACUGCCAACGUUUGCUCCUGGUCGUAGGUUUGCUAGCUAACGUUGUGAGCAUUCUUUUCUUGUAGUUAGCUAGAUCAGCUGGCCAACUCUGCCCGGCCAGCUACGGGCGAACAACAGCUAGCUAAUCCAGCCACUUGUCAGCACAUUUCAUUGUAACUAACUACAUAAGUCUGACAGUUAACGUUAGCUAAAGAGAAUGGCGUCGUCAUUUGUGAUUGGAAACACAUUUCGAGAGAGGGUAAGAGACUUGCUGGAGAAGGAUGAGGCUUCAGUUCCAACAGAACUACAGAAAGAAUUGGAAGAUAUUCUUCAACGGGAACAGCCAUCAACUCUGUCUUUCAGAACUGCAAGGAAACUUCAUAAAUGUCUGCUCGACAAUUGUAUGUCCGAACAUAGUUCUAGAAGCAUAGUGGCACAGGUCUUACAUUUCACGAAUGAAGUACUAGCCUAUGUGUACUUUACCUUCCUCUCAGGUCAACCCUUCUACCUUAAUGAGUUGUUGGAGGACAGCUCAUUGCACCUGCCUGAGGUUGAAACGCCCCCCAGAAACCCUGUGCUCGUGGCUCGUCUGGAGCGAAUCAGAGCCAAGUUGGCCAAUGAAGAAUACAACAGGAUCACACGGAAUGUAAACACUCAGCAAAUGAAUCGUCGUGAGACAUUGGCAGACUUUGGGAAAGAAGUGCGCUCAGCCAAAGCUGCUGUUGUGACGGUCUUAAACUUCCUAGUGACAGUGGUGGCGACGUUCGCCUGCUCCUAUCUCGGAAGUCAAUACCUCUUCACAGAGACAACGGCGAGGGUGAUAUCUGCAGUGAUUGCUGCGUCCGUCGUCGGCCUGGCAGAGCUGUAUGUUCUGGUACGGACCAUGGAGGGAGAGCUAGGAGAACCAUAGCACCAGUCAGUGUUCUUAUCAACAAAACUCAUUGCUGGAGAACUAUGCCCUUACCUGACCGACUUCAAAAACAGAAAUCAAAGGGGUUAAAUUUCCAUGACAUUUUAGUCAUAGCAGACACUCUUAUCCAGAGUGACUUACAGGAGCAGAUCGGGUUAAGUGCCUUGCUCAAGGGCACAUCAACAAAUGUUUCACCUAGUCAGCUCGGGGAUUCGAAACCAGCAACCUUUCGGAUGCUGGUCCAACCUCAUAACCGCUAGGCUACCUGAGUGGAAGUCGAUGUACAGCUUUGACUUAACCCCAAAACGAGUGAUAAGAAUUGUCCCACGUUAUUCAUGAAUUGAAAACGGAUCAGUGUGAAGAUCUUGAAUGUGACCCAGAUGUAAAAGUUGCUUGUGUUUUACCAUCGCUUCUCUAUCAUGAUGACGUUGACGCUGUGAUUCCCAACUCGUUUAUUUACUAAUGUGCACUAAACAAGUUGGGAUAUUUAGCUAUUUAUUUCCAUCCAUUUUGCUUUCAUAGGGCCUGUUAAAAUAACCCCAUUUAAAAGAAAAUGUAGGAUCAUUUCCUACUAUGAUGUAUCAGAUUUUUUCAUACAAUAGUUUAUUCAUACUGUACUUUACACUCCUUCAGUGUGUUUCUGUGUAGUCAAUAUUGUUUGUUUGUCUACUCAAUAAAGUUAGCGUCCAUGUAAUUACAA